AUGUUAAACUAUGAGGCCAACAUCGAAGUGAUAGAUUAUUUGAAAAAGACACCCAUAGAUAUGCCAGGAUUUGUGAAAAUGUUUAAACACUUCUAUGAUUCGUGUAGGGAAAAACCAGAAUUUGUGGCUCUCGACAGUAUGCAGUGGCUGGCACAGGAAGAAAAUAUGAAAAGGGCAUUGCUGACUCCCAACGAUUGUAAGGAUGUGGAUUUCGAUUGGCACACCAUCUUGGUCAUUUUCCGUAAAUAUGACCUCAAUGGCAUUUUCCUUAGGGAGACCAUUAGCUAUCAUGUUUUAGAACUUUUGUUGCUGUUGGCCGGCUGCCUUGCUGUGGUGCGGGGCACUGAGGAUUAUAAGACCCUGAAUCUUAAACAACGCAGCAUUCUAAUGGACUCCUUGGACAAGGAUUAUACACCCUGUUCAAAUUUCCUCCAAUAUGCCUGUUACAAAUGGUCCGAUCACCAUGAAGACACAAGGGAUAAUUUCACCACCGUUGCUGAUAUGUUGAACUAUGAGGCCAACAUCGAAGUGAUAGACUAUUUGAAAAAGACAUCCUUGGAGGUUAUGCCAGGAUUUGUGAAAAUGUUUAAAUACUUCUAUGAUUCGUGUAUGGAAAAGCAAGAAUUUGUGGCUCGCGACUAUAUGCAUUGGCUGGAGCGGGAAGAAAAUAUGAAAUGGGCAUUGCUGACACCCAACGAUAACAAGGAUGUGGUUUUCGACUGGCCCACCACCUUGGCCAUUUUCCGUAAAUAUGGUUUCAAUGACAUAUUCCUUAAGGAGGCCAUUAGCUAUCAGGAUGCCAAUAAGUUUAUGAUUUAUCUGAGCAAACCUUUUGAAGAGACAUUCAGAUUUAUCAAUAAUUACAACAUGGAGGAAUAUAACAGCAGCAUCCCCCUGCCUCAGGGCACCAUGGAUUUUAUGAAGUUGUGGGAAAUCGUCGAUAAGUUUGAGGAUAAAUUGAAUGAAAUCAAGGUGGUGGAAAAGCAAGAGAAAAUAUUCAAAUUCAGCGAAUUGCCCUAUCCUUGGUUGAAAAAAUAUUUAACCGUUCUGAUGAAGCCUCAAGAUGUAGCCAAUAUGCAAAUCACCAUUGACAAUAUUCCCUAUUUGGAAGCCUUGGAUAGUGUACUCAAGGAAUACGAUAACAUUUUCCUGGUCCGUUAUUUGGAGCUGCGUUUCAUCCACUACUUGGAAAUGGCCAAUAAACGGGAUACGCCCAAUGAAUGUAUGACCAAUGCCAAAAGUCUAAUGCCCAUGGCCCAUGAAUGGAUCUACGGACAUAUACAUCCCGAAUUGCUGCAAGAGAUGCCCAAAAUCCGACAAAUGUUCGAGAACAUUGUGAAAAAUAUUAACAAAACUUUGCACAUGGACAAGUAUGGCUUUAUACCCCAGGCCUAUUUUAGAAUAUUGGAAACCAUUCAACUGAAGAUUGGAAAUUUGCCACAAGAAAAUGCCAAGGAACUGUUGGAUCAAUACUAUGCCAAUUUGAAACUAACUCCCAACAACUACUACGGCAAUUAUUUGUCUCUACUGAAAUUCUAUUUCCAAUUGCAACACAGCUACUUCGACUAUGGCCACUAUGGCGAUAAUUUGGCUGCGAACAAGGAAUUCUUCUUCAAAUCGCCCAUGCAUAAAUAUGAUACCGAUAUACACCCCGAAUAUUAUCCCUCGAUGAAUUUGCUGAUUAUACCAUUGAGUCUUCUGCGUACACCCGUAUAUCAUGUCGGUUAUGAGGAUAUAUUCAAGCAGAGUUCUUUGGGUACCCUAAUGGGUAUUGGUAUUUUUGAAGGUUUCACUACGGUGCAAGUAAUGGAUAGAGAGGGUGUCCACAAAUUGGCUGGUGUUGUGGGUCUACAUGCGGCCUUUGAAAUCUUCUUCUCCUCCCUGCAAGCCGACGAUAUUAGCCGUUAUCAGACAAUGUUCAGUUUAAGUUCCCUGAAAGAAAUCAAACAAAUGUUCUUCCUCAAUGCCAUCCAUUACUAUUGUGAAUGGUAUCCCAGCAGCGAUCAUCAUAUUGAUUUUGCCGUUGGCCAUUUGACGGAUUUCACUGAGACAUAUGAUUGUAAAUUGAAUGCAUUUUUGAAAAUGUUCUAA